UUUUUACACAAAUCAACAGAGCUUUAAUUUUUAGAGAUUUGUGACAAACAACAAGGGAAUCAAUUUUUCUUCUUGCAUCAUGUGACCACUUUGACCCUCCAUACACACCUAUUUUACACCCGGAAAUCGCGCGCUCUGUUUCCUUAUUUGGACACAUGAUCCGGUAUGAUGGCGUGAAUGAAUGGACUCCCGGCAGGUAAGUGAAGGGGUGUUAAAGUUAACUGAUAGAGCUCCGAGUGAGCAGCCUUGGUUACCCAAUGAUCCAACAGAGAAGUUUAGUGUUUAGUGUUCGCUGUUCAGAGAGUAAAAGAGACGCUGGAGGGAGGGAAAUGUGUAGUGUGUGUGUGUGUGUGUGUGUGUGUGUGUGGCUUAUAGACUGUAUAUACAUGGACAACUUGGUUCCGCCUCCCGCCCAAAUUUGAAGCUGAAAAUUUCGCUGUGAUUCUGCGUUUUCUCUCCAUUUCCUGAAACUAAUAUUGCGCAGUAGCGUUGUGCGCAUUCGACGGGAGAGUCGCCAAAAGUCGCUGUGAUGACGCUCGGCUCAAACAGCGUAUCCCAGCGUGCGAAUCUUUUUUUGUUGAAUGGUAGGUUGGCUAGAAGUGCUGGGCUCUGAUUGGUUAUGCCUUAUGGCUGUAAAACGUCAUCAUCUGUCGGGUUAGAGUUACGUUUAAGGUCCUUACACACUGGGACCAUUUUUUUUUGUGCAAUUAUUUUGGACAGAGAUAUUUUUUUUUGAACCCGUAUCCUGUCAACACAAGCGUUCACAUCAGCGACGUUUUCCCGUCCUGCGAUAUUGCAGCAUUUAUUUUCUCGGAUCACGGUCAAUUUGUCUUAAGUUUCGCAUACUGUGUGUCCACUUCUGACCAAUCAGAUUUUGUGUUGUUGUGAUGUCAGAUUCACCGGUAUAUCCAACAUGGCCGACCGGCUGAUUGUUUACAUGUCGGAGAACAGAGUGAUUUUUGAUUUUUAAAAAAAUGCUAAUACCUUCACAACACACAACAUUCUACAAUAGCAAAAACAAUAUUGUAAACCUUAGAUACUGAAUAAAAACCUCUGCUUCUGCAGUGAUACCAGCUCAAAAACAAUAAAUCUGAGCUGAUAAUAAACUGUUGAAGAAUUGACACACAACUGAUUUAUGUUGGGUAAAUUGGGCCAAGGAUGGAUCCGACAUGCUAAGCGGUUCGAUCCCAGGUUUGUCGCCUUGGAUAAUAUCAGAUGCGAUGUUGAUGAAAAUAUAUGGCCUAACCCCGAAGCAUAUAUAUGUAUAUAUAUAUACAUAUAUAUUUAUACAUCUAUUUAUAUAUGUGUGUGUGUAUAUUUUUUUACAUGUAUAUGGACAUGUAUUGCACAGGUUAAGGAUAUAAUAAUCAACACAGCAGCAGUAACAUUGGUAAUAUUGCACUUGUUUCCUCAUCUUGAGGGCUGGAGCUGGUUUAUGGGAGUUUAAGAUGGUGAUGGCUUGGGGGAGAGAGCUGCAUAUUAAUUCUGUAAUUUCCAAAUAACAUCAUUUUUGUUUUUUGAACUUUAAUGAAAGUUUAUUUCUGUCAAACCAUACUUCCAUUUUACUCAUAUCUAUGGUAAUUUCCUCCAGCAGCUUUUUAAAAUCAUCCCCAGAACAGAAAAUAUUUGUGUCAUCAGCAAAAACACCAACUUCAACACCUGUGACCCUCUACAAAUAUCAUUAUAUACAUGAUAAAGACAUGGAUAGGUGGGACUCUUAUUGUGAAAGUCCCGUGUUGGCGCCCUCUGUCGGUGGGGUGUGAGAACCUCCGCCAUCAGCAGCUUUGACGGACCGUCUCCUUCUCCUCCUUCUCUCAGCAGCAGCAGCAGCAGCAGGUCCGCUCGUGUCUAUUCCCGGAGAGACCACCUCCAUUUUCUCACCGACACCCGGCGGAGGCGCAGCGGCUCGCAGCAGACUCGGUGUCCGGCGGAGGGACACGCUCCUUCGGCCGCGCUGCUGUUAAAUCCUCGGGCGUGAAUCAGCCUUUUUUUUUCCUGGGAUGGCGGCGCUGCGGCAGGACGCGGCCGGGGCGGCGGUGGAUUUGUGAGGAUUUAACGGCUCGGUUUUCUGCGGUGAAAUUGUCGGUUUGGACGGAGCAGAGGAGGAGGAGGAGGGUCUGCUUCGGCUGGUCAGGUACAGGCUUUCUUCUAAUUGGUUUAUUUAUGACGGGGCUUUAUUCUGAGCUUCAUUAUAACCCGCUUUGUUUGAUCUGCUCAGCGGCUUGAUUAGCGACAGACAGGCCGCUACAGCAAGCCUCACCGGCGGCCCUGUCGGUGGGCAAAGCUCGCCGUUUCCACCCGGACAGCAUCCAUCCAGCCUCCGUGUGGCUCCGGUGGAUUUUUGGUGGGGGGUGGGGGUGUCGAGUUAUAUAAUGUGUGCGCAGAGGACACACCACCGAGCUGUCCGUCCGUCUGUCUGCUGCUGUAAUGUGAUUUCACCUCCGAGUGACGGACUGACAGCAGCCCGGUGCACACGCACACACACACACACACACAUGAACACACACACAUAAACACAAACACAUAAACACACACACGCGCUCGUUUUCCUUCGUCUCCUCUGUCUCCCUCGUUAUUCCGUCUGAUUAAAGGGUUCGUCGGUGACAUUGUGUCCGGACGGAUGCUCGGUGUUGAGGCCGGACUGCAGGUGCAGCAGAGAGUCAGUCAGACCUGCACAACAGCUAAACUCAUCAGUAAUAUCACAGUUAACAGUUUAAAUGAACACAGUAAAUAUUCUGUGUCUGAACAUCAUGAUAAUCUCAUCAUCCUCAGUGUCUGUAAAUAAAACAACACUGCAACUAAGAAGAGAAAAUGAACCCACACUCAUGUUCUUAGAAGACAUUUGGUUUAGUUGAUGUUUAUGGAGGAUCAGUGAAUUAAGAUUCAAAGGAUUAAGUUGUAUUAUGAGAAUAAACUCGUAGAAUAAUAACUGAUUAUUACAAGAAAACAUGGUCUGGUAGAAACACUAUGGAGAAUAAAACUGUGAGUAAAAUCAAAGUGUAAAUAUUUCAGGACUGACAGAGUUUUAUUUAUUAUGUCAUCUUUGUCUUAUCUCAGUGUCCCCCCUCAACAAAUUAUUAAAUUCAACCAUGAAUUUAUUUUUCGAAUGCGAUGACGAUAUUCUCAUACCAGAUUUAUUCUCAUCACAAAAUAAGUUUAUUCUCUUCAUACACAUUUAUGUUUUCUCAGAUCAUUUUAACAUUAUUCUGCUAACAGAUCUUUAUUCUCAGAAUGACUCACUUCUGGUAAUAUACCGACUUUAUUCUCAUAACCUCAGGACAGUUUUUCUCAUGUCAUUCUGACUUUAUUCUGAUAGCAACAGGAUUUUUUUGGAUUUCUACGGGUUUAUUUUCAUAACAUGAGGGUUUUAUUUUCACCACAUAAAAACUCAGUUGUACAAACAAAACUCUAUCCUCAUGCCAGCCCUGUUCUCAGAUCAUUACAACUUUAUUUUGGUGAAUAAAUUAAAACACUGUAUCGUCACAACAAUGAUUUUAUUAUGUGUUAACAUGACAAAUGUAUUCUGCCACCAGAACAACCAGAAUCUCUAACAUUAAAAGUCUAGUCCAUAAAGACUAAUGCUGCGUUCUGGUUAUCUCAGAAGUUGGAUGUUGGAGCUGGGAAUGACGGCGUUCUGGCAAACAAGAUGGACGCCUACUGUUGUAUCGAUUAGCUGUUGUUAAAUAUACUAGUUAAAAUCAACACAUAACAGUAUUGUACUCAUAUAAACACCACAGUACCAUGUCCACAGGUAGGUGUUGGACAGUCCCACAUAUACCACUGAUUUAAUUUCACAAAAACAAAACAGAAGGUAGGGCUGGACAAUAAACCGAAAAUUCACCGAUACUGAAAUUUACGACAAUAACCAACGUCAUUUUGCACAUAUCGGUAUAUUCAGUGUCAAAACAAAUCAAUCAAAGUAGUUUUUGGAUGUGUGUAGGUAGGCUAUGGUCUCAUGUCCCUUUAAGACGUUAGUUAUCGUCCAUUUAUCGUUAUCGAGGUGAAUAUUGAUCUGAGGCCAUAUCGCCCAGCCCUAACAGAAGUGCUAAUAAAUAAACCAUGUGGAGAGCUUUCACUGUCACUGUUCACUGCUGCCAUCUUGGAUUAGGAUGUUGUGGUCGAGGCGCGGUUGGUGAGGAGCGUCCAACUUUCUAAAUCCAAAAUCCGACUUCAGGGAGGCGCUCUACGAAUUUCCAACUGGGAACUCGGAAAGUCUGACAACAGAAUGACUUUAUACUUGUAACUGAACAAUUUUAUUAUAGUUCAAUUAUAACUUUAACACAAUGACUUCACUCUCUUUACUAAUCUCUCUUAUACAAACGUUAUCGUUACAUUCAGGCUUUAUUCUUGUGACACAAUAAAUUCAGAGUCAAAACAAAACCGUUUCCUUCUAGUAACAUAAAGAGUCUUUUGCCGUAACCUUUAUUUCACUUCGAUAACGACUUAAAUUCUGAAAUAUUUUCCUCCAAGGGGGCCUCAGGACUUCAUCUGAGUAAGUUAAAUCAGUAGACAGAAAAAUGAUGUUUUUGGACUAAAAAAGAGUUUAAUAAUCCUGGCAGAAAGAAUAUGAGAAUAUGUUGUUUUUUAUUCUAGUUUAAAUCUAUUAAUGUAUUUGAUGGAGAAACGAUUCAGACCGUCACAGUCUGUGUCAGAGUUAAAGCUUUAAAAAUGGGUUUGGAUUAUGAGAUAUGAAACGCUCUGAAAACGUACACUGAGUGCAGAGGGGAUAUGUAAAUGUGACCUUGGAGUCGUCCAGAGAGACCAAACCUGUUUCUAAAUGUCAACAUAUACACUCAUCAGAUAUUUAACACAGAAAUCUGAGCUCCGAUUUACACAACAAACAAAACAACUCAACCAAAGACAGCGACCUGUAGAGGUGAAACCAUGAGACCGGAGCAGGAUCGACACUACACUCAUGUUUCCUUCAUUUCAGCAGCAGGGCCGGAACAAACCCUCAGGGUUAGAGGUCAGCUGUGGGCCCCCUUCAGCUCCACUCUGGUUGUUUCUCAUUUGUGUCUUCAAAGCUGUUUCGUCUUUUUGUAGUUGUAUCUUUGUCGUGUUUACGUGUUGAGUUGUGUUGAUUUUUUGCGUGUUUGUGUUUCUCUCUCUGUAGUCGUUCUUUUGUGUCUUUGUAGCUCUCUGAUGGUAGUUUUGUUCAUUCUUUGCGGUUAACUUUUCAUAGUUACUUUGUAGUUUUUUGUAUUUGUUUUUUUGCAUCAUUUGGUGUCUCCACAGUUUCUUCUUCCUUCUUAUGGUCUAUAAUUGUUUUGUGUUUUUCUCUCGUUGUUUUGUGUCUUUGCAGUAGUUUUGUAUCUCUCAGUUCUGUGUCUUUACAGUUUUCAGACAAGCCCCCCCCACACUGUCCAUUUUUAAAACUCGUCUUAAAACCCUUUUUUAUUCAUGAGACUCGGCUGCUGUUUUAGUGUUUUAUGUUUGUUUUUAGUUUAUUUGUUUCUACGUUUUUUAAAUUAGUUUUUAAAAACAUUGAAACUAUAUUUUACUUUUUAAAAUCUGCUUUUAUUUUAUCCGCUGUUUUAAUUGUUUUUUAUGUCUACGUUGUUUUGUUUUUAAAGUGCAAAUAAAGUUGAGUUGUGUUUUUGCAGAUUUCGGUCUGUAACUAUUUUGUGUCUCUAGUUGUUUUGUAUCUUUGCAUUUGUCUUUUUGCAGCAGUUGUGUUUCUUUGCAGUAGUUUUGUGUCAUUGAAUUUGUGUAAUUUCGUUGUUUUGUGUCUCCGGAGUUUCUUCUUCCUUCUUGUGGUUUAUAUUUUUCUGUUUUUGAAGGUGUUUUUGCUCUCGUUGUUUUGUGUCUUUGCACUCGUUUUGUAUCUUGCAGUUGUUCUGUGUCUUAUUAGUUUUGUAGUUUAGCGUUUUGCAGGUGUCUCUGUAGUUGUUGUUGUAUCUUUCUACCUGUUUUGUCUCAUUGCUAGCGUGUCUUUUUGCAUCAGUUUUGUGUCUUUGCAGUUGUAUUGCAGUUUUGUGUCUUUUCAGGUGUCUGGAGUUUUUUUGUUGAUUUGCGUCCUCACAGUUGUGUAUUUGCAGUGAUGCUCACACUUGUUUUCAGUCUUCUCAGUUGUCUUUUUGCAGACGUCCCGCGUCUUUGUCGUUGUUUACUGUCUCUGUUUUGGUUCUCAGUGUUCGUAGCUGUCUUUGCGUUGGUUUUGUGUCCGUAUUUUUGUGUUUCAGCUGUUUCGUGUUAUCGGUCACAUGGUGUGGGUGUUGUUGUCAGGGCCUCAGCUCUACAUGUGCACCUGCACAGUGUUUUUUACCCUCGUCUCUGUUCACGGAUAAAUCCUUAAAAAUCUGGGACUCAGUCAAAUGAGACUUUUACAGAAAUACAGACUUUCUGUUGUGUUUUGUUUACUGUAAAUAUUAAAUAUGAAUCAGGGGUAAAAGUAAAGUGUGCGGUUUGUAUAUUUACUGCAGCAGCUUCACUGAUAAACCACCGGAGCACUCAGAGUGAUAUCGGAGGAGAGCGCACUCAGGUCAGCCACAGACUGACGAUUCGAAAGCUUUAAACACAACUGCCAAUGAUGACAGUGCAUAAAGACACACCCACAGAGGCUGUGAAGUGCAUUUCACCCCUAAAGAAAGUCUCUGAUAUUAAGACGAAGACUCCAGAAAACAGAGACAGAGCACAUGUUUCUAACCUCAGACCUCAGCGGGAAGUUUGGAUGUUGUCAGGAAAACAACGUAGCUGUUAGCGCUCGCCACCUUUCUGAUGACUUCUGUAAACAAAGAACUAGCUGGACUUGAGUCUCAGCUGACCUUCAUGAAGCUGAGAUCUCUGAGAUUAUUCCAGGUUGUGUAAAAGGUAACACCCCAGCUGUGUCCAACUCUAUCCGUGGAAAAGCUUUGUGAAAAGUUAAACCUCCAAACCGUGUUGAACUUUCUAUCUAAGCAGCUAAAUGAGGUGGACUGAGUGGACCUGAUACAGCACCAGAAUCUGAUCAUAGGGAGUGUUUAGAGCUAGGGGUGUCCCAAUACAACUUUUUGACUUCCGAUAUGAUGCCGAUAUUGAAGCCUUCGAUGUUGACCGAUACCUAAGGCUGCAUGAUAUUGGAAAAAACUAACAUUGCAAUUUUUUUCAACCCUGCGAUAAAUAUUAUAUUUAAAAUUACAGGAAUUUUACCCAGAUGACCUGAAUCUGAGUUUGUGCUGAAAUCUUGAGGACAGUUAACCUGCUCUGAUCUUACCUCUUUUAGUGAAUGUUAGUAGACUGUCUUCUGUCUGUCUUUAGAGAUAUUUUUAGCUUUUAUUGUUCUGGACGUUACCGUGGAAACAGAUGAACACAGAACACGUGUUUUAGUCGACGUCAUCCUUCUUAGAACUGAAAUAAUUCCUGAUAACUGACGUUGAUUUUCUUUUUACCAACACGUCUUGCUCUUUGGUGGUUUCCUCUUGUUCGUUUCUCCUUUUGCAAUCGUUGUUGUUAUUACCGCUGUUGUACAGAGAAACGCACGCCCGCCCGCUGAGGACUGCAUCCACCUCGCAGAAACGCGCACCAUAGAGUGGUCCGUGGAAAUGUACGAUUUAAAACCCAUACAGUUCUUAUUUGUUGGAUAAACAGCGAUGAGGAAUGUUCCCAAAGUCAUUCUCGACGUUUCUUGGGUCGACACCGGCAGCGCCAGCGACUCACUCCAUGUGCAGGGGCGUGGUUUCCUCCUCUCUGAUUUUGAUUGACGGCUGGCAGGUUAGUCUGAUUGGCAACUGAAUAAAGAACGAAUGUGAUUGGCAGAUCGCUGCACAGCACACGCAGAGUCACAUGAAGUGUAUGUCAGUCAGCUACCCGACAGCCUCCGACAUCGCAGGCCCUGACAUGUGACUGGUGCGCACACGUACAUUACGAUGAUAUUGUGGAUCCGAUAUUGGAACAAUAUGACAAGUUUUGCACUCAGCUGCAAGUUCUUUUUUGUACUUAGAAAAUACUGCCGACAUCACUCUUACUCUUUGUUACUUUGUCCGUACCUUGGUACACACUGUUGUUGUGAUUUUGUGGGCUCAGCUUGCUGGAUCCGGGUGCUGCUGGAUAGAGGAGCUGGAGCGGAGUCUGGAAUGGACUGCUUGUAUCGGAGUGCUGAUAUCGGAGAUUUUAGAUGCAGGCCGAUAUAAUCCGAUAUUUGGAGCACCACAAUUUAGAGCUGCCAAUCAUGCUAAGCUACUCCUCAGAACAAUAACAUUUGAGAAACAAAAUACUGAUGGAGACUAAAACCAGCAGUUAAGAUGCUGCUGGUUUUCGUCUCCAUCAGGGCAGAUUCUUGCGCCGUAUUCUCAGAUAUCAUGAGCCGACCAGCUGUGACAGAUUGAGGUCAAACUGAACUCAUCAGAUAUUCACAGAGAGGAGAGUUUAAAACAGACUCUGAGAGAGAGAGAGCUGAGUGAUCAACAUCUAUAACACACAACAACACACUCCAGGGCAUACUGAGACAGACAGUAUGGUACAUGAAAACACACUGAGGCAAACUAAAACACACUUCAGUACUCUAAAACACACUCAGAAACACACUGCGGUGGUUGUCAGGUCUGUUUAGUUCAAAGUUUUGGUCAAACUCAGUUUAUUUAAUUUAGUUUUCUAAGUUUUGGUUCCUGACAAGUGCUUCAGAGACUUUCUUCAGGUCCUGAUACUGUGGAAUCUUCGACUCUGUUCAUGGUGUUGUUGUUUGUAACUGAAGCUCUGUAAUCUGACUCUGCACAGUGCACCAUAAAGCGGUGUUACAUUCACUGACCUGUGGAAGUUUCCCCUCUCUGCCUUUAAGGAGAGGAGUUCAGCAAACGUGUUACAGGACAAAUCUUCAACAAUUCAAACGUUUAACGGAUAAAUAUUAGUUUUGGACUCAAACGCACCACUUCAGGUGUAUUCUGACCCAGUUUGAGACGUUGGAAACGCAAAGUUAUCGUGUUAAAUACGAAUUGGAAGAAGGUUGUCGGGCUUUAUCAGACAGUUAUUUUGAUCUGACAUUAUAUUUAAUUUCUGGGAUAUAUAAAAUUAUUUCAGGGACACUCCAUUUGUUUUUUUUUCUUUGUAAGUAGUUUGUGGAUUUGAGGAAUAUUUUUGCUUCAAUCAAAUAUUUUAAAUUUUCAUAAAUCUGUGUUUCUUAAAAUAUUUCUGUUCUUGCAGAAAUUUAGAAAUAUAGACCAAAAAUUCAUUAAAUAAGAUAAUUUUAUAUUUCAGGUAUAUUUGUACUUUGGAAUAUUUGAAGUUUAUCCUUUUUUGGGGGAUUUCUGCCGCCAUUAAAUACCUUUUUUUUUUUAAUUUCAUGGUGUAUUUUUGCGUUGAAAAAUGAUUUUGCAUCAUAUUCAAGGUUUCUGUUUCUUGAUUUUUUAAAGGGUAUUUGACUUAGAAUAUUUUUUUGCCUUUUAAGAAACAUUUUUUUGAACAGUACAUCAAAUGUUUUUGCUUUUCAUGAUUUUUUGUGAAAUAGUUUUACCUAUAAUUGAUCAUUUUAACCUUUUUGAUUCCUUUUUUUCCCAUUUCUCUGUAUAUUUUAUUUGAUCUCUGCAUUUGCUUUUUGUGAAAUAUUUUUAUGUAGGUUGAAAAACGUUGCACAGCCUAAAACAUUUUUCUGGAACGAUAUUUUGUUUGAUAAAAAUAUGUGGAGUUGACUUUAAGGGCCACCAUCAUUUUAAGUUUUGCUUACACUUGAAGUUACUUUGUAGAGAUCAACAGCUUAGAGAUGCUCUCACCAGUGCACGGAUCGCAGGACAGGAGGCUUCUCCACCAUUUUAGGGCUGGACACUAAUGAUUUUACUACUGCGUCAACAGGCAGAGGGAGAAAGUGAGAGAGAAGCCUGAGAUAGUGGCAGAAGAGGAGUUUCUGUUGACAUCUGUGAGGCGUUCAGGAACACCGGGUUCACACGGAGGCACAUGUUGAGGACUGAUAACAGUGUCAGUUACUCUGCGUUCACACUGACGUCUGUCCGACUGGUGAAAACAAGAAAAACAGCAAAUCCAGUUCUGGUUUCAGACUUUUAUCAUUUGUAACUGUUAUCAUGGGUGUAGCUACUAGAAAUCAUGAAUUUGGAUCCCCGUCAACACAUCAGCCUGUUCACUCAGCGCCGUGUCAGAGCCUUAUUACUGAAUCCAUUCCACUCGUUUAUUCAGAUAAAACCUGAACCAAUAAAACUCCAGUCCACAUUUUAACUGCUAGCGGCGCCUUCUUGCACAAUGUGCACAUGCACGCACGCACACAGAAGAUGGGUGAAAAAACUGUCACAGCAAAAUGUUAACUUUGUUAAUUUAACAUAACCCUUCGGCCCUAAGCAUAUUUAAAGGAGAAAAAACGCAUAAAAGACAUACCCAAAGUAAAUGAGGAAUGACUUCACUUUACUAAAGGUUAUUUGUUUCAUGUUCUUGGUGUCCUUGGACAUCUAGAGACUUCAGAGAAUGUGUUCAAUUGUCAGAAGUGUUUUAUCUGUCAUUAUGCGUGAGUAAAUUGGAAUAAAUCAGGAAAAGUUACGUUUUUUUACCCUCGCCAAAAUGUUUUCUUUUUUUGACAGGGGAAAACACAAUGCUGGCAAUGAUUCCAGGCCCCCAGAUGCCAUUGAUUAGCUUCAUCCACUCCUUGACCACAAAUGUACCAAAUUUGAUAGAAUUUGGGCAAACAGUAAAGCCUACAUGAAGGUUUUUGUAAGGAUACACCCAGGUGAGGACUCAAUUUGGCACAAUUUGUGGAUUAUGGAUUAUUUUCUACCUCUAAAGAGAACUGGCUCCAAAUUACAAUUUAUUUUCAUAAGACUAGUCUCCUACUACCUAUUGGAGCUUUUAGAUAUGAAAUUUACCUUUUAUAUUUGUUUAUAUGUAAUACAGAAUAGUGAAAAAUAACAGGAACUUCUACAUUUCUUUCUUCACAGGGAGUAUUUUUAUUUGAAAAAAGUGCAAAAAGAGAAACAAACAUUCUGUGCAAACAAUGUAAAAUAAAAAGUAAAAGUGCAACAAAUAUUGUAAAUUAAAAACAAUAUAUAACAAUAUAAAUACAGCAAACACAUGUAGAGUAAAUUAAAUGUAAUGAAUACAUAGAAAUGCAUAAUUGAAGCAGUAAAGAGUGUAUUAUUUCAUUUAGAGACCAGAAUCAAACAAAUGAUCAGUACACAAACCCUGAUACAAGCAAUGUCACCUUUCUUGCAGGUAAGGGUGGGGGUGGGGCGUCUGGUGCAGGGAGUACUGAUGGUGUGAAAACCCCUGAUGGGGGGAGGGUGGAUGUGCCUCACUCCCCUCUUCUUGGUGGCUGUGAAAAUGGUGAUCAAUUACUAUGCAGAACAAAAAUAAAUAACAUUUGUAAAUUUCACUGAAGGACACAAAAGUUGUGGAUAUAUGUAAACUUAUUCACUAAAUUGAGUAGCCAUGACCUCUACUAUAUUUUAUUUGCAUUUAUAUGUACUUUAUUUUUUCUCAUAAAGAAUAUAUUCGAAGACAGAUAAAAUGCAGUAUCUGGAAGCAAAGUAAGCCCAAAAUAAACAGAUAUAGUGAAACUGCAGUAAUAUUCAAUGCUAUUGGACCGCCAUACUUACUACAGUGUUUACAGUUUUAUGACAAAGGUGUUCCAUGCAUAUCAAUUUACACAACACGGCCUUAUAGAUAAAUGCAAAUACUUACUAGUAAACUUGGUCCACUUUUAAUGUAAACAGUGACUCCUCCUCGGAGCCGACGCCAUUACUGAGUCAGACGAGUCCUCAAAUUCACCGUAUGAGCCCCGCUGAAUUUCUAAUAAAAUGUCCGCCAUUUCCCUGUAAGAGUUGAAUUUUUCUUUUCCUGGUUGAAAAGUACUCAAGAGAAGUUUUAUAUGUGGUGGAGAAAGUUUACAGGAGAGUCCCGAGUGAUCACUGUGCGAUGCAGCAUCCUGCCUUCGUCUGUGGGGCGCUGCACCUAAAAGCGCACAGAUUACGAACACUUUACGCUCGGCUUUUUUCAAAGCUGGGAAAUGUAGUCUUUAGAAAGAUUGAUGCUAAUCGAUUCAGUAGCUUCCCCCCUUUCAAAUGGCUACAGACAUGGCCGUACGGAGCCUUUCUCCGCUACACUGUAAAGCUUUGAUUCGGUGGUGGUCGCAAAAUUUAAAUGUCCAGAGGUACAGAGACACCAAGGCAGAUUUAAAUCUACAGAAAAAGGUAACUUCUACACUAAAAACAGACAUUCGACCCAGUUCUGUGAACAUUAGAGUCUAAACUUUGAUCGAGAAUUGAGAGUUUCAAUACAUUUUUUACAGCGUUUAAAUACAUGCCGCAAAAUCAACGGUCGUCCGUCUACGGGCAAAAUUAACAUUUUGUUAAAUUAACUGAAUGUCUGUGUUUGUAUUUCUGUCUGUUUUUGUGAUGAAGUCUCUACAGAGAUGAUUCGAUGUUAGCAGAUCGAUGUUAGCAGAUUAGCUAACCGUUGACGAGCUAAUGCUGAGUUAGCGUCUCCCGUUAAUCAAGUCAUUCCGCCGCAGAAAAAAAAAAACCUCACUCAACUUUAUUUGUAAAUCACUUUAAAACAACCACAGCUGAACAGAGUGCUGAACAUAAACAGACAAAACAACGACAUAAAAAACAGUUAAAACAAUGGAUAAAAUAAAAGCAGAUAUUAAAAAGUAAAAUAUAGUUUCAAUGUUUUUAAAAACUAAUUUAAAAACAUCGAAACAAAUAACUAAAAACAAACAUAAAACACUGAAACAGGAGCCGAGUCUCAUGAAUAAAAAUGGGCUUUAAGACGAGUUUUAAAAAUGGACAGUGUGUGUAUGUGGGGGGGCUUGUCUGAUUCUGAGGGGUCGCUCGUUCCAUAAUUUUGGGGCUGUAACAGAAAAAGAUUUAUCCCCUCUGAGCUUCAGUUUGGACCUCGGUACCUCCAGGAGCAGCUGAUCAGCUGACCUGAGGCUCUGAUCGAGCGAGCGGGGGUGUAGGGGUGGAGAAGCUCAGAGAGGUAAGAUGGAGUCAGACCGUUUAAAGAUUUAAAAACAAAUCAAAGAAUCUUAAAAUGAAGAAUCUAAAAUGAACAGGUGACCAGUGGAGGGAGGUCAGGAUGGGAGUACUCCAAAACAAACAAACAAACAAAAAAUAACAUGUUUGACGUGUGUCUGCACCAUCAAAUCAUGUCAGCACAGAGUAAGAUUUCCAGGUGUUGGUAGAUUUUUCUAGGCCAUGUCUUUUUUUUUUUUGUCAGUGAGACAAAAGUGGACACAUGCGGUACUUAUAUUUGUAUGCUGUUGUUUGUUUUUGCUGGUGCACUACCUGCAGACCCCGCUGUGAGUGAGCACCGGUGCAGACUCGCUCUUGAAGGGCUGAACGGUCCACUCGCCCUCCUCACUCUGUGGUUCGGUUUCAAUAUGAAAAAAAAAUCAGUUACAUGGCGACCCUCUAUUUUCCGUUAGAUUUAACUCCAUUGAAACAGGAGGUCGGAGGUUAGAGACGUGCGCUCUGUAUCAGUAAACACGAGGGUCCAUGGAGGCGUUUUCUACCCAUAACCCCUCUGUCACAGUCCGUAUCUGUGAGGCGGCUCAUCCCUCUCUCUGUCACACAUUUACACCUCUCAGUGUUUCUGAACGUACACAUUUAAUCUUUAAGCACACACAUUCAGCUGUUAUCUGUGCGCCGCAGACGUCAGCCGGGCGUUAAAAAAAAAGUUUCUUGUUCUUUUUUUAGCUGCUGCUGUCUGAUCGUGUGUCUCUUAAAAACUCUGAGAGCUUUGGCUGCUGAUUUGAAAUUAUUCACAACAUCGAUGUCUUUCUGCUAACCUGCCGGAGCUAACAGAGGCGAGGCUAACAGAGGCUAAGUAUCAUAGCUAAUCAAAUUUACCAUGACAGGGCUAAGCUAACUCAAGCUAGCUGGUGUAUGAAGGUGGUGCAGAGCUAACAGGGGAAGCUGAAGUUUUCGGACAAAGCCGAACAAACUCCAGGUGUGAGGACGAACUUACUUAACUCAAACUUUAUUUAGAGCAAAUAUCGAAAACACCCGGGGUGGAGGAAAGUGCUGGACAGAUUUCUAGGGAGGACUUAGUAACCUCACUUGAUCCUGCAGAGCGGAUGAACAGGGGAAGGACGAAGUUAAUGUGGGAGGGGGUGAGCAGCUUGUGGAGUAGUUAUCGUCCACUUAUCGUUAUCGAGGAGAACUGAUCAAUAUAUCUUGGUAUUGAUUUGAGGCCAUAUCGCCCAGCCCUAAUGCAGGGUAUAUUUCAAUACAAUCUUAUCCACAGUUAUUUUAUAUGUAAAUAAAGGACCCUUUGGAUAUUUGGACAGUACUGAAGUCAGACCCUGGUUUUUUACUAUUGAAACAUAGUUUUCUUGACCAAAGGUACCAGAACUUCAUGUUUCAGGAACCUAUUGUCAGGGAACUAAGCAGUGCCUGUGGACAAGGAAAUUUGAGUUGACCUCUGGAUAGAUGAAGCUAGUCUGGCCAAUGACAAUGGAGUUUCUGCUGCUACUUAUGCAUAAAAACAUUUUUAUCAACUACACUGUCAGCAGGUGAGCUGUGUAAUUAUCAUCUAACAUAAGGUGAUAUAUGAUACUUUAUGUGUAAACUAAAACACCACUAACCUUUAGUGGUUUAGGUCGGGGCAAGUAGAGAGCAGGGCUGAGUGAAAAAAGAGUCCAGUGUAGGGCUGGGUGAUAAACCGAAAAUUUACCACAAUAACCGACGUCAUUUUGUCCAUAUCGGUAUAUUCUGUGUCAUAAUAAACAAAUCGAAGUUGUUUUUGGAUGUGUGUAGGUAGACUAUGGUCUCAUGUCCCUUUAAGACGCUGUCCUACAUCAGAGACGAUUGUUAUCGAGGUGAACUGAUCAAUAUAUCCUGAUAUUGAUAUGAGGCCGUAUUACCCAGCUCUAGUCCAGUGUAAUUGUUGUGGUUGUUUAUGGUUUUAGUCCCGUGCUUCAUCUACAGUCGCCUGUUUCAGUGUCAGGAUGGGUCAGUAGGGUCUGGGUCACACGGAGGUCUGUGGACGGCGCUCGCAGGAGUUGGUUAAAGUCUCAGGAGGAGUUGAGGGGGUGGGCGAGUGUCUCAGGUAAAGGUGGUGCUAACAUGUGCUGGUCUUUGGAGGGCUUAGGAUCAUGUGGGUCUGAGGAUGUCCGUGGAGUCUAAGCUUUCAAGGCCUAGUGAAGGUCCCUGGAUGGUGCUAAGCUAACUGAGGCUAGUGAAAGUCUUACAGACGUUUUUAGCCGUGGCUAAGCUAAUAACGGUAAUAGGGGUCAAAACAGCAUGCAUGGAGCUAAUAAGGUCUGUAGGCGCAAGGUCUUACGAGGAGGUCAGGCGGGGGUCUAAUCCAGGUAUGCUGAUCAGGUGUUAGCGGCGCUCGGCUGUGGCGAAUAGAUGUGUGUUUAUCAGUGUGUGAGUGUUGCAGUGUGUCUGCAGCUCUGAGGCUGGAGGCUUCAGAUGAGUCAUGCUGCUGCUGCUGCUGCUGCACCAUGACAACAGAGAGGGGGGGAGGGGGUCUGAAUGACGGUGGAAUAUUCCAGAUUUCAACAUCGCUGCACUCACAGAGAAAUAACAGAACCAGAAGGAAAAAUCCCGUCUGGACGCUUUAAUUUCAUCCUCUGAUAAAGAAAAAAAAACAUCAUCCUGAUGAUUUACUGCGUUUGAACACAGAGAGAGGAGCCUGACCUGAAGGUGGCGCUAGAAAGACCAUAGAGGGGUUUAUCCACUGGAGAGCAGGAUGGGGAUCAGGAUAUGUGAUGGGGGGGAAAGUCCCAGAAAGCUGAAAACAUGCAGGUGUUCUGACAACAACAACAACAGCGAACGAGGGUCGCUUCAACGCUCGACUCACAGAGGAGGAAAACAAACACCUGCGGACAGGUUCAGACACAAACGACACCUGUGAUCGAAACAGAAACGAGAUCAAAUCACUGCAGAGAUGUAAAAACACAACUCUCUGUCAGAGUCUAUAUCUCUAACAUACACAGUUAUAGACGGGACAGAGCAGAGUUAAAUAGUUAAAUAGUUAAAGAGCCAAGAAAAUAUUCACAAAUAUUGACAUAAACGUAAACUCAACAAUAGUAAAGAGUGAGUGAGAAUAAAUUCAGGCUACAAACAGUCACAAAGGUUUGUGUCUGUUCCCUGUUUGAACAAAUGUAGUUUUGGUUUUUGGUCACAGAUGAAAACAGCUGAUGUAGAGGAUAGUUCUGCUCUGAUAACAACUUUUAGAUAACUGUGGAGCUGAUCGUUGUAAUUUUGUAAUCACCAAUCAAUCAGGAUCAAUAAUCAAGGAGAGGAGGGAGGAGGCGGGUGUGUGUGUCUGAAAAGCAGAGGGACAACAUAACCACGAUGACAGAGAGGCUGUAGUGAUGGAGCCAAUAUUUUUUAACAUUUUAAAACAUUAUUUAUUGACUUCUUAUUUAUUUUUGUCAGGCUAAACAGUGAAAUUUGUCUGUAUCAUAAAAAUAUAUAUAAUUUUACUCCUGGGUGUUAUCUGUGGAGCUCAGGAGGUGACAUGAACUUUACUUUUUUAUUAAUCUGCACGUGUCAGAAGGACGGUGUCAUGGACAGAGAGCAUACUGUCAACAUUUCAUUCAUUUACUGUAGUUUUCGGGCAGUAAGGUGAACUGCAUUGAACGGCGCUCUGUGAAUUAACAUGUCUGUGUUCACACAUAAGGCGCACCAGAUUGUAAGGCGCAUUAAGCACUGGCGCAUUGAUUGGUUUAUUGCUGCUAGCGCGUACUCUGGGCCUGGGCUGCCUUACAUACACACAACACAACAACAACAAGUUAUCAUACAUAAGGCGCACUGGAUUAUAAGGCAAACUGUCAAUUUUGUAGGAAAAUGUCAGGAUUUCAGGUCCACAUUGUAGUCCGAAGAAUAUGGGUCUGACUGACAAAGAGAUACUUCAUAGUUUCACAUAGUAUGGUAUUGUUUUAAAGAGGAGACGCCUCAUCACAAUCCUUAUUUACCAUUGGCGAUAUUCGGACUUGCAGGAAGUGAUUUUUGUUUAUAAACAAACAGUUAAAACUAGGGCCCGACUGAUAUGGAUUUUUGGGGCCGAUGCCGUGGGACCUGCAGUGUGAACUUUUCCUGAUUCUCCAUAUUUUAUUUCUGAAAAUAUCGACCGAUUUAAUCAGCUUGCCGAUAAAUUGGUCGGGCCCUAGUUAAAACGCACCUGCGAUAUAAUAAAAUGAGGCGUGAGAGUAGAAGAGUUCAGAUCCUUUAGUUUUUUAUAACUGUAUAAAAUUCCUACUUGACUAUAAAAGCGUGUGUGAUGUAGAUGUCAGUUUGUGAGUCAGAGUGUUUAAACAUCAGGACUCUAAUUUUUGACCUCAGUCGUUGGAACACUGAACCCCUCAGCCGUCCUUCAUGAUGUCUCUGCUGUUCAUUCAGAUCAGGAGCACAGACCCCCCCACAGUAGUUUUCUGAUAUCAGCUCUGUGUUGUAUCUGCACACCUGUGGUAGAGCUGUUAACACUGUCCUGCUCUGAAGCAUGAUGGGAGCUGUAGUUCUGAAGACUGACUGUAUAAAGUGUCAGUACUGUAAAUAUACUAACAGUGUUUCUGACUGUGGCUGCGUCACCUCUGCUGAUAUCAGAUGGAUGUGUCCUCUCUCACUCUCUCUCUCUCUCUCACUCUCACUCUCUCUCACUCUCUGACUCUCUCUCUCUCACUCUCUCUCACUCUCUCUCUCACUCUGUAGCAGCCUGAUGUAUAAUUCAGAGACUCUCUUUGUUCCCCGUCUGUUCGCUCGCAGGUGGAGCGAUGUGAUGUAACCGUGACAUCAUCACUCAAAGCGUCGUCACUGCCGUUUUGUGACAAGCGCUCGCCCGGGCGUGAAAACUAGGUCAGGCGCUGUAACCCGGGUUACCGUGGCAACAGGAUCAGUAGGUCAACACAGGGGGGAACUGUACGUGGCUGCCGGUCUCGAGGCAUGCUGGGAAAUGUAGUCAGUUCCGCUGCGCUGUAACUCAUCCUCACGAGUCCUCUUGGACGGUUUGGUCCCAGGAUGCAUUUCUGUCUUCUAUCCAGCAGAAAUCAUCACCUGUCUGCAGCCUCUCAGUUGGAUUUCACUGAUUUUUAAGUUAAACGCGGUUCUGCCUGAGGGUCUGAAGAUCAGGACCAUCCAGUCCUGGUUUUGGUCCUUGGUUUGAAUCUCUGAAUGAUCUGAUGUUCUGUAGACGAUGAAUCCACUCAGGAACUUUACUCUGAAACUGUUGAACUGUUCGCUCACACGGUCUCUCACAGAGCGGUGAACGUCCUCCAUCUUUCCUCACGAGAGACUCAUUACACAACUUUUGACCAGUCUGUUUGUGUCUCUGUAAACAGCUGUUAGAAAGAUGACAGUAAAUGUAGUUUUUCUAUUAUGAACCUUUUUUAGUCCAACUUCAGACGUGUUCACAUGAGCAGAAUCAGAGAAUCUGAAUCCACUGUUUAUAUGGGGGUGUAAAUCAGAUAAUCCCAUCAUGACGUGUGUAAACAUGCACUGAGUUUGGUUCAGAUUAGAAGUAUUUGGACAUGCGCUGAGUUUUCUAAUUUCACUAAAACAACCACAGAAGAAGAAGAAGAAGAAGAGUUGUGUUUACGCCUGUGCUGUCAACAAACCAACAAACCCGGUCGUGGCUCACUCCGUCCACUUCAGGAGUUUACUUAGUUGCUCACUUAUUUCUCUGUUCUGUCAAAGGUUGUGCUGUGCGUGCAGAUGUGACAUCGUUACGCUGUUUGUAUGAAGGAGCAGACACGUUGAUACGAGUGUUAACAAUGAAACCUCCUGAACUGACCUCAGUAAAUGAAGAGUGAAGAUGGAGUCAGGUUAGAGAGUCACGAUCAGAAUAAGUCUUUACAUGGACUCGUUUCAGAGGAACGAUCGGCAUAAACCACCCCUCUGGAUCAGAAUACAGAUUCUCUCUAAUUGAGCUGAAUUGAAUCUGAUCGACAUGUUUACAUGACGCUUUUUUAUUCCGAUUUUAUUACCAUCAUAUUCUGUUUCUAUCAAAGUCUCUUGACUUUGUUGAAUCCUUUUCUGUCCUCCAUGUAGGAAACAAACCAUUCGAACAAAAUCACAGUUAUUCAGAGGAAAUCCUGAGACAUCAUCAGAGGCCGUCAAACAAACAGACUCAUCCUCUCAUUGAAUCAAACUUUGACGGCAGGAAAUCUCAAAUCUCCGAACUCUGAUGUUUUUGAUGGAAAAGUUAAAGGUGCUCAGAAAUGUUUCCUUGUUUUCCUGACAGGUUUGGGUUAAAGGUCACCGUUUUAACGUCUCUGUUUCCUCUUUCAGAUUCUCUGCGAGGAUGUGGCAGUGAGCAUGCUCAAAGCCCUGAUCGUUACCAUGGCGAUAUAUGGCGGUGGCCAGGCGUGCAGCGGACAGGACAACUGCUCCUCCCAGUCCAAAGACUACUGCUACUCGGCCCGCAUCCGCAGCACGGUGCUGCAGGGGCUGCCGUUCGGGGGUGUGCCCACCGUGCUCGCCCUGGACUUCAUGUGCUUCCUGGUGAGUGGUUACUGCACAUGCUCAGUAGAGCACAGAUACGAGUGAGGAUUUAUUUAGUCUAACUGUCAGGAACUGCCGGACUGGGUUGUAGUUUUUGUUGCUGUUGUUGUGUUGCUUGUUGACUGUGAAUGUUGUCCGUCUGUUGUCUGUCUGGUUUUUGGUUGUUUUCGGUCAGAACAGCUCCUGAGUCGUUUGCUAAGCUGUUGUUCUUGCUUUUGUUAGGCUAAAGUCAGGCUGUUGUCUGACUGUUGGGCUGUUUUUAUGCUGUUGUCAUGUAGUCAGGUUGUACUGUGGCUGUUUGUGUUGCUGGUCAGGCUGUUGUUUGGUUGUUGUAUGUCUUUUGAAAGACUGUGAUCUAGUCACUGUGUGUGUUGGAAAGCUGUUAAAGGCCUGUUAUAUUUCUGUUGUUUAGCUGUCUACGAUCAGUUGUGUGGCUGUUGUUUGACUGUAUUUUAGCUGUGGUCUGACUGUUGUUCGUCUGUUGUCUGGUUGUUGUUUGUGCGUAUUUUGACUUUUGUCCGGCUGUUGUGUGACUGUAUUUCAGUUGUUUUCAGGCUGUAGUUUGACAUUAUUUUGGUUGUUGUCUUGCUGUCGUUUGGCCGUAUUUUGAUUGUUUUCAGGCUGUUGUCUGGUUGUUGUUUGUGCGUAUUUUGACUUUUGUCUGGUUGUUGUUUGGCUGUAUUGUGGUUGUUUUCUGACUGUUUUUUGUCUGUUGUCUGGUUGUUGUUUGUGCAUGUUUUGAGUUUUGUCCGGCUGUUGUUUAGCUUUGUUUUGAUUGUUUUCUGGGUGUUGUUUGACUGUAUUUUGGUUGUUUUCAGGCUGUUAUUUGACUUUAUUAUGGUUGUUGUCUGGCUGUUGUUUAGCUUUGUUUUGAUUGUUGUCUGGCUGUUGUUUGGUUGUUUCAGGCUGUUGUUUGACUGUAUUUUGAUUGUUUUCUGGCUGUUAAAAUGGUCAGGCUGGUUGUUGAUCUUAUUUCCGUCUUAGAGUUGUCAGGUUGUCGGCUGUUUUACUCAUAAAUGGUUUCUGUAACUUUUUAUUUUCUGUAUUUUUGUGUUUUUUUCUGAAGUCGUUUAUUUUUAUUCCGUCAGAAACACGUUGUGGUCAUGUGACGAGGCUGUCUGCUGAUUGGUGACUUAUUUCAGACUUAAUGAACCGCUGUGGUCCUUAAACAUGUUUAGACAUCCUGAUUGAUCCCCAGCACCCUCUGUGCAGUGCAUUGUGGGUGAUUAGCGUUAUUGAUGAGUCUGCAGAGUGCAGUGCCGAAUCAGGAAACAGGGUGCAUUGUGGGAACUGCUGAGUGUGUGCAGUCUGUGAUGUUCACUGACUGUAGGAAAAAUCAAUACUGCGGUCUCAUUGAUCGACCCACAUUCUGACGCUCCACCUCUGCUGAACACAGAGACUCUUAUUUUGGUAGUCUCGUCCUCCUUCGUUGUAAUAAUGACACUCACUGUGUGUAUUAUUGAUGUGACCUUUGACCUUGUCCGUGCAGGUGUGUAACAGACACUCUACCUCUUCUCCUUUUCCUCAGGUGCUACUCUUCGUCUUCUCCAUCCUGCGGAAGGUGGCGUGGGACUAUGGACGCCUGGCGCUGGUCACCGAUGCCGACAGGUAAACACACCUAUAACCACAGGAAGUGGUGAUGUCAUACAGGUAGAGGCUGUGGUUCCCAACAUGAGGAUCACGGCCCUCAGAGGAGGACGCUCAUUUAACCUGUCAGCUGUUCUAACCCAAUCCAAUGUCCUUAUUAUGACAGAGCAAGUAUGACUGACAAAAACUGACAAAAAGAGACGAAAAUAACAAACUCAAGACAGGAAACAGGAAAAACAACGUGAACAUAAAACCUCAGAGACCUCACAGCUCUGUUCAGGGAUUAAAAACCAGCGAAGGAAAAUAAGUUUGAAGCAGAGAAUUAGAGGAGUGUAAGGUCGGGGUCACGUAAGGCUGUCACAGUUAAGACUGUUAUUGAGACACAAAUUCAAUCCUUCAAAUUAGAAGUUUUAUUUAGCCAAAGUGUAGACUUCAGACUCCAGGACUGCAGCCUGUUCAGGUCACAGUUUUUGAAGGACCCAGCCUUUGACUAACAGGGUUUACAGGACAGUACCUUUUAAAGGACCCAACAACAACCCAGCCUCUGUGGUCUGCAUAGACUGGUCGGGCCAAACUGAUUUCAGGUGGUCCAGCCUGUGUGUGUGGCCAUCUUUCCCACCCUUCCACGUGUGUCACAUUGCAUUGACCGUGUUUACUCAGUUUUAUUGAAGUUAAACAACAUCACCAACAGUUCGUAAACUUCAUCCUUUAAUGUGUUGAUCUUUGGUAACUUUUGUACAGCUGUCAUCAAGAGUUUUUAUUAAACAGUGUGUAAGUUGGCAGGAAGAGAGACAGUAACAUAAACUGUCCAUUAUUGGUCCUUGCUUUCUACCGUUUCCUACGGUUUGACUCAUAAAUCGCACUGAUAAUGUUGAAGCACAAAUACGCCGUAAAGCUCAGUACAGGUCUGUGACUGUGGAGAUGAACUGUUAGCUUCUCUGGUCUCUGCUGCACAGAGCUGCACUGUGCACUCUUAUCCUGAUGGUGCGAACAUAGAACCAAAUUCAGGCUUUAAUUCCUCUGACUGAACUAGGGCUGGGCAAUAAACCCAAAAUUUACCGAUACUGAAAUUAACAACAAUAACUGACGUCAUUUUGCCCAUGUCGGAAUAUUCAGUGUCAAAAAAACAAUUAAAUCAAAGUUGUUUUUGGAUGUGUGUAGGUAGGCUAUGGUCUCAUGUCCCUUUAAGACGCUGUCCUACAUCAGAGACGUGACUCCACCCCCUCCAGUCUGUAACAAAGAGGGAAAGACAGGUGAGGAGAUGGAGGACGGAGAGAAAGUUGGAGCGGCUGAAGUAGACGAAGUUAAUGUGGGAGGGGGUGAGCAGCUGGUGGAGUAGUUAUCGUCUAUUUAUUGUUAUCGAGGUGAACUGAUCAAUAUAUUGUGAUAUUGAUUUGAGGCCGUAUUACCCAGCCCUAGACUUUACUGAAUAACAGCAGUUUUAGCAGACGUACAUUAUUGAAGAAAUCUACCGGUGGGAUUGUUUAGUAACCGUCGGCUCUGUCGAUUGUGAAUUAAAUGUUUCUGGAACAUUUUUCCCACGAAUAAAAACUUUUUUUGAGAUGAUAAAAUAUUCGCUGAUGCAGGAGGAUGAUAUUUGGUCACUGUCAGCUCUUCUCAAAGAAACUGAAACUGAAUGUGAAGAUUGUUGGUGAUCUCUGAAAACACAGAUUUGAUUCCACUUUAAUCCUCCUCAGGUGAUGAAAUGGAGACACUGACUGUGAACCUGGAUGAGCUCUGUAGUCAAAUCCAAUCGUAGUUUUAGUCUCUUUUCACAGCUUUUGAUUUUCUGUCUCUUUUUAUCCUGAAGACUGAAGAAACGCUUCAGCGAGCUGGAGGAGCGGGAAUAGUAUGUUACUGCUGCCUCUGUGUUGUUCUGUCAGCUCACGUCUUCCUCCUCCUCCUCCUCUUCUUCUUCUUCUUCUUCUUCUUCUUCUUCUUCUUCUUCUUCUCUUAUUACCACUAACAUAACUUGGACAUUUCAGCUCAUGGCUGCUCCAGAGUUCCUGUAUGGGGGAGGUUUUAGUGCCACCUGUGAUUCGGAGGUUUGUCUGUUUAUGUCUGAGCAGAAAGAUGUCCGAUGGUGUUUCUGGUUGUAAAUACACAUUUUCCCCCAACAUUGAAAAAAUCGACACCAGGCGUGUUUGAGUUAACCAUUCAUUAAGUUCUGGAUUUCCUUGCCUACCAGGUUUUGGGUUUCCCCUGGACCUUUUUUGUUCCCCCCAUCAAUGAUUUUAAAAUUAAAACCUCUAUGAAAAUAAAAAAACUUACUUCCCUUUUUGUCAUACUAAAAUAAAAACUCAUAUUUAAUAAACUUUGACAAUUUAACCAGUUUUUAUUACCAGUUUCCUCUAAUGAUUUAACCUGAGUAACUUAAUUACUUCAGUUUUAAGGGGCCCGUCGGGGGGCUCGAUAAUAGAGCCCCUUGUGUUUGUGUAAAUCCCUUAUUAUUGAUUUUAUUUCAGUUAUUGGAAAUGUUUCUGAACAGUUUAAUAACAAUCGGAGCAGUGGCACUAAUCACCCCCCAUACACCCUCUAAUCCUGAUGUUUUCACACGUGUUCAGACUCUAAAGAGCGCUUCUGGAUGACCCCCUGUUAGCUAACCUGGUGCUAACAGACAUUAAGCUAACAUAUAUGUUGCUAAUAGCUGCGGUGCUAACAGGUUUGAUGCUAACACUACUUCACAUUUCUCUUCAUUUUAACGUUAAAUCAGCCGAAGACGAGACAGAGAUAACUAUGAGCCGGUCAAAAGGUAACGGGUUGUGUGUGUUUGUUUGUUUGUUUGUUUGUUUGUUUGUGUUUUUAAACCCUGUGACAUGCUAGCUAGCUCGCUCGUUAGCUAACUCCACACACAGCCGGUCAGCUAGCACGCUCACAUCUGACACACCUGUCCGUGUUUGUGCGCAGGUGUUCAGAUCAGAGUUCAGUUUCAAACAGCUGUUGAUGUUUGUGGUGAAAUGAUUCUGCCCCACCCCCACCCUCCGUUAGCUCCUCCCUUUUCAGUCGUAGAGAUGAGGUCAAAGGUCAAACCGGCUACAUACUAAGAGCUCACGGUCAGCUGACCUCUUCUGUUUGUCUCCACAGCGUCGCCUCAGCGAUGCAUUCAGAGACGCCCGACCGCUACGAACGCCUCACCUCCGUCUCCAGCUCGGUGGACUUUGAACAGAGAGACAACGUAAGGACACCUUCAUCCUCAUCAUCAUCAUCAUCAUCAUCAUCAUCAUCCUCAUCAUCCUCUUCUCUCUCUUUUACACCAUGUGACUUUGUUCAAACUGCUCAUUUUAAAUUUGCUGCAGCAACAGAGAAAAAGUCGUCAGACGAACGAACAUUAACUCUUUCAGCGCCACUGACAGAGUUUUUUUUAUUCUCCACCAGAGGGCGCUCCUCCCUAACAUGGGACUAAGUCUGGGGUCGUUUUGAAUGCAGAACAGUCGACAAAUACGUCAUAACCACGUUACAAUAACAAACACAAGUACUGGCCAGUGAGAAGUGUGCCAUCAAGUUUGCCGAUUAGCCGAGAGUGGAGAGUUUUUUUAUCUAUGAAGAGAGUCGGAAAAUGCCGAAGUCAUUACUCAAGAGCUAACGGUCUCAGCUCAUCGGUUCAUGUGGGCGCUGUGCGACCGUCUCUGGAUCCAGUGGAGAUACCGGACCGUUACAUGGUCAGCAGACGGUUAAAGAAACAAUUAUCAGGCGUGUCGUGGUGCUGGUGAGCGAGACUGAGCCGGAAUUCAGUGACCGUCCUGGCGAGGAGGACGUGAGCCGUCUGUGUGGUUUACACCGCGGUGUCAGGUUCUCAGGAGCCAAUACGACUCCCCGCCGUCUCAAAGUGACCUAUCACGAUCAGAUCUGGAGAGUGAUGAGGAGUGGAGUCUGAGGAGGGAGGAGCUUGAUGCCGUCGGUAAAGUAGUUUGAAGUGAAAUGAAACAGACGAUCAGAGUUCUGCUCUAAAGUCUCUCCUUCUUAAAAAUGAGUUUUUCCAGAUCGGCAAAGAUGAUUUGACCACGCUGCUUUGAGGAGGAAAUAACUAAACACAGGAGUGGGUUAGAGAUGAACCUUUUUUUUCUGGUGAAAGAAGAGAAUCACUCCUUUCUUUUGAGAUAUUGAACUUAAUUCUAGUCCAAACACAAGAUAAUCUGAGGGUCCUGAAAGAAACAGACAUUUCUGUUGCGGUUAAUAACAGCACUGGGUGAAAAUCGUCUAAAUGAACCUGAAGGAGAAAAUUCUGAACAACAUCUCCAGGUCUAGGAGGAACAUCUGCGUCCAUCCAGACAAAGACUUUUUCAGGGGAGACCUUCAUAUGAUCCUGAACCACACUCUGACAACAGCACGGCUCUGUAGGAGAAGAGUCUUGCUGCAGAGAAACUGGACUGAUGUGGUCCUCAUGACUCCAAAAGCAGAACCAGGGAGACCCUGAAGUCCUGGUCUGCUGGGUUCACUAACGUUUACAGAGGAGAUAGGAGAAGGAGGAGCUCCUCCGUACAAACAUACAGCUGCACCAAAUCUCUAAUGAGCAAGAACCACUCUCUCUCUCUCUCUCUCUCUCUCUCUCUCUCUCUCUCCCUCUCUCUCUCUCUCUCUCUCCCCGUCUUCUUCUUUUCUUCUUCUUUUGUUUCUCAUCCUCACGCUGUGAUUCAUUCAUGUCUGUUCGUCUGUUGAUCACUGAUGAUUGUUUAUUAUUUCUGCAGGGCUUUUGCUCGUGGCUGACGGCAAUCUUCAGAAUAAAGUGAGUAAAGUGAACAGUCUGAACAGUAGAAAUGGUUUGUUUACAGCGCCCUCCUGUGGUGAGGAGGGAGGGAGCAGUCUGUAACAACAGUUCAGAUGGAUUUCCCUCUGAUCAAAAGAGGAAGAAUUUAAACUCAUUUGUUCUUUUUAGAUAAUAAUCAUGAUAAUUUUCUGUAAGAGGAUGUAAAAUGAUGAAUUAUGACGUCAAAGACCUUUAAAGAGAAAUAAGAAUCGAGUUUUUGGUCAGUUUGAUCAGUUUUGUUUGUAUCUGAAUUUAGUUUGAUGGUCCUCCUCUUCCUCCUCUUCUUCCUCUUCUUCCUCCUCUUCCUCCUGCAGGGAUGAGGAGAUCAGGGAGAAAUGUGGAGAGGACGCCGUCCACUAUCUGUCCUUCCAGCGUCACAUCAUCGGUCUGCUGGUGGUCGUCGGAGUCCUCUCUGUCGGCAUCGUUCUGCCCGUCAACUUCUCUGGAGAUCUGCUGGGUGAGACUUUCACUGCAGUCAUCUUCAUCAUCAUAUUUAUCAUCAUCAUCAUCACCACAGGGUCACUCGUCUGUGUCGUCUUCAUCACCAGAUGAACUCUCACACAGUUUAAUGAUCCUGAAGGUCAACUAAAGAUCGGUAACAUUUAGGCGAGAGACACAGCGGCGUGACGUCCUCUGAGACAGACGGCUCUUUGUUGGUCUGACUUUAUGCAGAGUCACGACCACAAACAGUCACUGUAGGUGUCUGUGUCUCCACCCCCUCCAAACAUCAAAAAACCUGCUGUCGGAUUUCUAUUAGGUUUUUAUUUUCAAGAAAUGAUCAUGUGACAUCAAUAAACCGCCUCAGGGAGACUGACAUGGGCUCAACUUUAGACGCUUUUUCACAGUUAAAGGGGGGGGGGGGGGUUUGACUGUGUGGGGUAAAAAUGAACGAAGACGUUUCUGCUUUACACCGAGUUUGUGACGCGGUCAGAGCUUUCAAUGACAAACGUUGAGAUAAAUAAAGUCAAACUGAGGCUGUUUGGUUAGUAACAUUUGGUUCGGUCUGUUUAGGUUUCACGCUGUCAUUAUUGCAAACAGACUAACAGACGUUACGUGAUGUCGUCAUCAACUUCGUGCUUUACGUGUCUCUUUAGUUUACAUUGAUUGGUCAUUUGGCCGGCGGGCGUCUUGAAUGUUGUAAACAUGAUUAAAACCGUCAUUCCCCCCCCCAUUAUAUUAUUGUUGAUUUUAGUGAUGCACGAUAUGAAAAAUUUCAACCGAUACCGAUAACCGAUAAAUUCAUAUUUUUACAUUUAUUAUAAUCUUCAUAUAAUCUGCAGUUUGUGCAGGAUGCAGCGAUUGAAAACUGAUGUUUUUGUUGCUCUGGCCUAUCUAGAACAACAAACUAAAGUUUUUGGCUCCUCAAAUGUGGUCAUUUGCUAUAAAUAACAAUAACAGAGCAAAAAGCAGAACUUCAUUUGAUCCCCUGAACUGUUCAACAGAACUGUAAACUGUAAAGGAGCUAUUAUGAGCCGUUAGGCUUAGCAUGCUGACCGGACUAACAUCUGACGUCCAUAUGUCUGUGGUAAAACUCACGUGUAGUCCGUUCUUGUCGAUCAGGUUGUGAAUGUUUGUGGCGACAAUAUCAUAGAGUGCAGGAAGAGACACAUCCGAGAAGAAGCGGCGGCUUGGGAGAGUGUAACGUGGCUCCAAGUGUGCUAUGAACUUACGAAAACCCGGGUUCUCAACGACGGAAAAAGGCUGGUCUUCGACCGCUAUGAACUCCAUCACUUUGUCGUUAAUGGCUUUAGCCUUUUCGCUGUCUCUUGAGAAGCUUUUGCAGUUUUUAAACGCCCGCUGAAUGGGGACAUCGAUCCUCCGUAGUGUUGUUGUCUUAGCUUUAGUACCGCUAGCAGCUUCGGCGGCUGUCUCAUAUUCUUUUACUACCGCUUCGCCGCGAUGGCGACUUUUCAGAUGAGCUAUCAGAUUCGUUGUGUUAAUACUUGACGUCUUCUUUCCUCCUCUCGGAAUCCUCGCUGAACAGGUUUUGCAUAUAGCAGCUGUUGUCAUCUUCUGCCACUGAGAGAAACGACCAUGCUGGUGAAGACAUUUUAUUAUCUGUCAGGUAGUGACAGGGUCAGGCUUGGGACCUGCGAGUAAGGCUUGAUAGACGACGUGACCAGCGCGUCUCGGACGGGCGGCUACUCCGCCUGCAAACGUUACUCGUAAUUUCAUUAAUAUAUCGGAUCUUUCUAUCGGAAAAAUGCACCUAUCGGACCGAUAAAAAAUGACGUAAUUUCCCCCCAAAUCGGCCGAUAUUUUAUCGGUCCGAUAAAUAUCGUGCAUCCCUAGUUGAUUUUAACUCCUAACAGUGAGAACUUGAAGAGCUGAACAUGAGGCUGGUCCGAGGAAGUCUUGUGAGUUUGAUCGUUAGACGUUGACUUUAUCGUUGUCAACAGGAAAGGAAAAGAAAGUAUGUAAUCCUGCGAGUCACUGCGAGAGAAAGUCUGUGUGGUAAAACUGUUUAAAGAUAAGCGAUCAAUAGUCAAGUAUAACUUAAUCUGCAAUAUCUUAAAAUGUCCCAUUUGUGGAUAAUCUCCGUUACACAUAUUAACGGACACUUUACUCCUCGUGUCAUUUCCUGUCUUUACUGUAAAGGUCUGAACCUUUCAAAAUAAUGCUUUCACACUGGGAAUGAACCAGACUGUGGUUCAGUUUGGUCUGGACCGAGGUCCUGGGGAGGUUUGACUCAGACAAGUUUCUGCAGAACUGAACUGGACUUUUCUUUGCAUUUCAAACCCACUGUGGAUAAAGCAGAGCAGACUGUAGAUCAACAACAGUGAGAUAGAAAUCAUCAUCUCAUCAGCAUAAAGAUGAACUUUAAAACAGCCAACAUAAUGAAGGGAGAAAAGAACAGAACCCAGGACAGAACCCUGUGGGACGCCGUCUGUAAUUGAAACUAAAUCUGAUUGGACAGUUCUUGGCUGAUAACUGUGAGACCAGGUUUAAAGUUCUUCUCAACAUCUGGUUCUCCACCUCCAUGUGGCGCUGUGAUACAGGCAGACGUCCAGAUCGAAGGGACUGGACUGUUCAAAAUAAACGUUAGUUCAGAAAGUCUGGAUCCAGUAUCUGUUUCAGACCCCUGACCCUGUAAAGUUCUGAUGAUCGGACUCUCUGAAGUCCAGCAGCUGGAGCCUGCAGACUCUGGAUCCUGGUCUGACGUGUUUCACUCUUUGUCUGGUUCAUUGUAGUCAGAAUUCUCAAUAAAGAUGCGUUCCUAAACCAAGGAGCACCUGGACCACCUUCUAAAGAAGGUAACAGAUCAGAGCUGUAGGUGGUCUGUAGACCAUCUUUAGGUCCACAUGUGGUUCUGUAGACGUACAGGUCUUCAUGUAGGUCAGUUUGUGUGUUUGCUGUCUGAUGGUAGAUGGUGGUUUGUAGCUGGACAUGGAUCUAGUCCCCUCUGGUAGUUUAGACUGCAGUUGUCCUCUUUUACUCCAAAGACCAUCAAACUUGAUCAGUUCUUGGAGUAAAAGUAGAAAAUCUCUGCAGUCAGGGUGUCGGUGAAGAACCUCCAGAGCCCCCCAAGUCCAAAAACCGGAGAAGUCUUUUUUUAUUGUGUGUACAAGAUAACAUCUGGACGUGUAGAGCUCAGUGUCUGUGAUGGUGGUUAUGCUCAUAUCUGUGUUUGUAAAGAUGCCGACCUUCACCCUGACGUCUGUUUCACUCUUCAUUUCAGAAAAUAACGCCUACAGCUUCGGACGCACCACAAUAGCCAACCUGAAGUCCGGGUGAGUCGGUGUUUCUGCUGCGGGUCGAGCUUUGAUCUGUUUACAGACUGUUUACCUGAAGUUACUGCAGACACUCACAGACUCUCUUGUCAAAUAUAUUAUUCUGUCAGGACGAACCUGCUGUGGCUGCACACCGUGUUCGCCUUCAUGUACCUGCUGCUGACCGUCUACAGCAUGAGGAGACACACGUCCAAGAUGCACUACAAGGAGGACGACCUGGUAGGUGGACGACCAAGACUCCAAAAACCCACCCUCACUGAAUUCUUCUGGUGUCCUCCUCACCCCAGUCCAGUGGUUGGGUUUAAAUCCCAGUUUUUUGUCUUGCAGGUGAAGCGCACUUUGUUCAUUAACGGCAUCUCUAAAUAUGCAGAGGAGAUUCAGAUCAAACAGCACUUUGAGUAAGUUCACUGAACGUCUUUUACAUCAAAUUCAACCUUAAUUCAUUAGAGAUAGAUCACUGUUGAGUGUUUGACGAAAACGGAGUUAAACAGUCUGAAAAUCAGUCGAAUUGGAAAAGAGAAAACUGUUUCUGAUGCUCAUUUAAAACUUUUAAACCUUCCACUUGUGAAGGACCUUGCGGACGAACCUUCUGAUCGAUCAAAUUCGUCGUUGGUGGAAAACUGUCCUGUGGGUUCGAUAAGUCAUAAAGUGCGUUUCCGUUACAUUUUUUCGCAAAAUAAAAGCGAUGUUUAUCAAAUUUCGACAAAGUACAAUUGCGAUUUGCGGGUGUUUCCAUUGAAUAGUGUUCAGUGCAUAAGUGAGCCGUCUGCCUCUCGCGAGCCGUGUUUAAAUGGCCGUUGCCUAGCAACGAGGUAAACUUCCUGCCCAUGCGACCUCGUAUUCCUUAAGCCUUUUUGCACACCAACAUGGACGAGACACAAAACAUUUUUCGUUUUGGAGCAGCUAUUUCUGCGACCAUUACUGCUGUAGCCGCUGCUGUCAUUAGAAGACGAAGGCAGCGGGUGAUAAUUCAAAGGCAAAGCUCGUAUGUAUGGGAGCGAACACGGAUGAGCGAUUUCUGGGAGAGGAUCUUUAAUGAGGAAUUCACAGACGAACUGUGGAUUCAAAACUUCAGAAAAAUACAAAUACAAUUCAAAACUUCAGAAAUAACUCCGUCUCCUCCUCCGUCCACAUAUACCGUGCCAUCUACGCUUGAAAUGAACUGGUCACUUGACCCGCUACGUCACGUCCGGUGACAGAGAAUUGCGAGAAAAGUGUUUCCAUUACACUUUUGCGAUAUACUUCUAUAUCGACACUUCUGAAAAACCACCUCAUGAGAGCGUAAAAACUUUUUAGCGAUAUUUGGGAGGUUUUUCGAAAUGUAGGUGUUUCCAUUACCAGUUUUCUAUUGCGAUAUUUACGUUUUGCGCAAAUCUAUGGGUAAUGGAAACGCAGCUAUAGAUGUAUUUGUUGUUUUUCAGGCAGGCGUAUGAGAACUGCACGGUGCUGGAGGCUCGGAUCUGCUACAACGUGGCCAAACUGAUGUCUCUGAACGCAGAGAGGUGAGACAGAGCCCAGUGCAUGCUGGGAUAUACAGGUGACAGAGAUCAGGUAAACUGAGUCCCUUUUAUGUGUGUGUGUGUGUGUGUGUGUGUGUGUGUAUCAGGAAGAAGACGGAGCGCAGUAAGAAGUUCUUCACUGACCUGAUGGCGAAGGAACACGUUCCCACCAUGAUCAACCCAAAACCCUGCGGACACCUGUGCUGCUGCGCCAUCACCGGCUGUGAGGAGGUGAUGCUAAUGCUAAUGCUAAUGCUGUGAAUCCUUUGAACGCGAGGCCUUUAAUUGUUGGUGUUUUAGGUGUGUGUGUGUCUAACUGUCUCCACACACCAAGCGCGAGUGAAUAACAUGUUAAUACAAACACGCGAUUAGACGCUCAUACAGCCCUGGCGUCGAAUGACACAAAUUGGACAGGAGCUGAAAAUGUCUCAAUUUGAGCGGAUAGUAGAGGACAGGCAGAUGGCCGAGGUCCCCGCAGCGGUCGCAGGUUCGAGUCUGGCCCCCGACCGUGUGCUGCAUGUCCUCCCCGCUCUUUCUCUUUCUCCCCAAACUUCUAACCUGUCCUGUCAAUAAGCAGAUUAGCGGUGAUUCAGCUGUCUCCAUCUGUCCCGCAGGAAGAGGCGGUCAGCUUCUACACCAAAAGGGAGGCCAAACUGAAGGAGGAGUACAGGAAGGAGAAGGAGAAGGUCCACACCAAACCCCUCGGCAUGGCCUUCGUCACCUUCCAGAAUGAGGCCAUGACCGCCAUGUAAGACACGCCCUGACCCCGCCCCUUUUUCUCUCUGUCUGUCUUUAGUGACUUAAGAACUUUACUGCUCUGCCCCGCCUCCUUUCUCUGACCACACCCCCUUCAUUUACAGCAUCCUGAAGGACUUCAACGCCUGUCAGGUCCAAGGCUGCCGCUGUCGCCAGGAGCCGCGGUCCUCACAGUUCAGCGAGUCUCUUCACGUUCACAACUGGAGCGUUUCAUACGCGCCCGACCCGCAGAACGUCCGCUGGUACGUCCACAAGCUCCACCCACCUGAGUCAUACAAACUAAACGCCCCCGAUGUCCUCACCUGAUGUGUCCUGUGACUUUGUCUUCUGGCAGGGAGCACCUGUCUCUGGGGGGGAUCUCCUGGUGGAUCCGCUGCUUCAUCAUCAACUGCAUCCUCUUCAUCCUGCUCUUCUUCCUCACCACACCGGCCAUCAUCAUCUCCACCAUGGACAAGUUUAACGUCACCAAACCUGUCGAGUAUCUCAACGUAAGACGCACAAGUGGACUCAUGCUGAGCGGGAAGGACAGGAAAUGAAUGUUUAUAACCGACUCACUGACACUGUGUUUGUCUGUUUGUUUGUUUGUUUUUGUGUUUGUUUGUUUUUCUGUUUGUUUGUUUUUCUGUUUGUUUGUUUGUCUGUUUGUUUGUCUGUUUGUUUGUCUGUUUGUCUGUUUGUUUUUCUGUUUGUUUGUUUGUUUGUUUUUCUGUUUGUUUGUUUGUUUGUUUGUUUUUCUGUUUGUUUGUUUGUUUGUUUUUCUGUUUGUUUGUUUGUUUUUCUGUUUGUUUGUUUUUCUGUUUGUUUGUUUGUUUGUUUGUUUUUCUGUUUGUUUGUUUUUCUGUUUGUUUGUUUGUUUUUCUGUUUGUUUGUUUGUUUGUUUUUCUGUUUGUUUGUUUUGUUUGUUUGUUUGUUUUUCUGUUUGUUUGUUUUUCUGUUUGUUUGUUUGUUUGUUGUUCUGUUUGUUUGUUUGUUUGUUUUUCUGUUUGUUUGUUUUGUUUGUUUGUUUGUUUUUCUGCUUGUUUGUUUUUCUGUUUGUUUGUUUUUCUCUUUAUUUGUUUGUUUGUUUUUCUGCUUGUUUGUUUUUCUGUUUGUUUGUUUGUUUGUUUGUUUGUUUUUCUCUUUAUUUGUUUGUUUGUUUGUUUGUUUGUCCCACAGAACCCCAUCAUCACUCAGUUCUUCCCCACGCUGCUGCUCUGGGCUUUCUCCGCCCUCCUGCCCACCAUCGUCUACUAUUCGGCGUUCUUCGAGGCUCACUGGACCAGGUGACCAACCAGCUCCUGAACACAAAACCACAUUAGACUGACACCUUCUCAGGUCUCCCAUGACUGUGGUCAAACAUGAAUAUGAGGAAGGUCUCUGUGACAGAAAAGAAGAACUCUUUCCUUCUCGUUAAAUGAACUAAUUUGACAUGAACACAUCUUCAGUUUCGAUCUUUACUUAAUCUUGGUUUGUCCUGAAUUUGACCUUGUUUGACCCUUAAUUUGACAUGAUUUCGCCCUCAAAUAAACCUUGAUUUGAACAAGGGAAGCACAGAAAAUUCGGCAUGUACUCCCUUAAAUCGGACCCUUAAUGUUGAUCGUAAUUGGACCUUUGAUUUGAUCCUAAUUUCUCCACAGUUGUGCGUCUUUUUGACCUGAAUCUGUCUCGAGUUUCUCCUUUGAAUUAAACUGGAACCCUUUAAAAAAAAUUGACUCUUGAUUUGAUCCCAGUUUGAGCAGAUUCGUUGCUUGUUUUGACCGUUAAACAUCCUUGGUAUCUAAACCAGACUUGACUCUUGAUAGGUCCAGGUCCCACAUGAUCCGGACCCCUUUCCUCAUGUUUUUGUGGUCUUGCAGGUCUGGAGAGAACAGGACAACAAUGCACAAGUGUUAUACCUUCCUGAUCUUCAUGGUUCUGCUGCUGCCAUCUCUCGGACUGAGCAGGUAACAACACCUGUUGUCUGUAAGAAUGUGUCUCAGUGUGACCUUUGACCCUAGAUGACUGACCCCUCUGUGUUCCUGUUUUCCAGCCUGGACGUUUUCUUCCGUUGGCUCUUUGACAGGAAGUUCUUGGCUGAUGCCACGGUCAGAUUCGAGUGAGUGUUUGAUUAUUUUAAACACUUUAACUCCGUUAUCCUGAGAUUAUUCCAGAACGCUGUUUGACCCGUUUUAAGUCGACACUCUCCGUCCUCUCUAGGUGUGUGUUCCUGCCGGAUAACGGAGCGUUCUUUGUCAACUAUGUCAUCGCCUCCGCGUUUAUCGGUAACGCCAUGGACCUGCUGAGGAUCCCCGGUUUGCUUAUGUACAUGAUCCGCCUUUGCCUCGCUCGGUCUGCAGCCGACCGCCGCAACGUCAAGAGGGUAAGGAUGGAUCAUGACGGCCUGAGUUUAGAUUUUUAAGAUCUCAGUGGACAAAAAAGAACCACUAACGUCACGUAGAGUUCAAUUCAUUGGGCUUUUGUGAUCCACAAUCCUUUCAUUGAUGCUUCAGCCUCUUGGGGGCGCUGCUUUGUCUGUUCACUGCUUUAAAUCUCCACUUUGGUUCCUGCAGCAUCAAGCCUACGAGUUUCAGUUUGGAGCGGCGUACGCGUGGAUGAUGAACGUCUUCACUGUGGUGAUGGCCUACAGCAUCACCUGUCCCAUCAUUGUCCCCUUCGGUAUGUCGAACUACACUUCCCACAGUGCACUGCUCUUUCUACACCUCCUGAUAAUGUAGCACCAGAACUGUAUAAACAAAGACAUGAGUACCUGGAUCGUACAUGACCCCUCCCCUGUCCUCCUGCAGGUCUCAUGUACAUGUUGUUGAAACACCUGGUGGACAGGUACAACAUGUACUACGCCUACCUGCCCUCCAAACUGGACAAGAAGAUCCAUUCAGGCGCCGUCACUCAGGUGGUGGCUGCACCCAUCCUCUGCCUCUUCUGGCUGCUCUUCUUUUCCACUGUACGCACAGGUAAGCCCCGCCCCUGCCUGCCUGGAUGGACCAAUGAAACACCUUAAACACCUGAAGUCAAGUCCAGAACAAUUGAAAAAGUCAUCAGGUCAGAAACAGGUCCGGUCCAGAAGUCAGAGACUAGGCAGAAAACUGUUAAAAAAUGAAGCAGGGUUCAAGAACUGCAGUUCCCCCAGUGUCCACUAGAGGCCUUGUCCUUGAGUGAGUCAGUCCCCAUAGAGGUCCAUGUUAAAACAGCAGAAAUGACCACCAUCACAUUCUGGAACAGGAACUGUUUGGGUUUGCCAACGCUAAUGCUAACUGCUAAUGUGCUAUCAGGUUUCGAGACGCCGACGUCCAUGUUCACUCUGGUGGUGCUGAUCGUCACCAUCGUGGUCUGUCUGUCUCACGUCUGCUUCGGACACUUCAAAUACCUCAGCGCUCAUAAUUACAAGGUGAGCGGGUUUACCUGUGGGUGUGAAGGUGAGGAGUGAAGCGUCCACGUGGUUUUUUUCACCGUCUGACUCUGCGUCUCUGUCUCAGAUCGACACCAAGGAGACCGAUGUAGAUGCCGUCGAGAACGGACGUCCAGCUCGUCCCACGUCCUCUCCGACCACCAAGUCUCAGGUGAGCGAAAACCACAGCGCCCGAUUCAAAACAGUUUGGUCAUUUAGAGUAACUCCGUCUCAUUCGUAACGUUAGAUUUGAUUGUUUAGGAUGACCAUACGUCCUCUUUUACCUGAACGUGUCCUUUUUUGGGGGAGGGGCUGUCUGUCUUUGUCUGGGGGAGUUUAUAAAAUCCUUCAAAUGUUCGGGGUUUUGUAUGAAGUUAUGAGUUUGUGUCGAGUUAGAAAAAACACUCGAUCCGACCCGUCAAACUCUCAAAAUGAACCACGUGUGACUCUGUGACUCCGCCCCCGCGUAGUCGUGUCCUCUUUUUGGGGAUUCAGGAUAUGGUCACUCUACACAAGUUCAUGAACGCCAAUCAAUUCUGGAGUCACAGCACAGCCCUGCCAAUCAGCAGUCAGCAGGUCGGCCCGUGACAGGAAUUGAGCGCCAUAUAAGGAGGAGUCAGUGUGUGCUUCAUGAGGAGAUCUGUACCAGUCUGAGUGGGUUUCAUUAUAAACCAGCUCAAUACGUGUUUAUUCAAUUUUCAAAAUAAAACAAAAAUUAAAAAAAAUUGGAAAACAAAUUGUUUUCUAAAUAUUCGUCUCUAAAACAAAAAUCUUAACGGCUCAUAUUCUGAGUUUUCUUCAGCUCAAAUGAAAAUGGGAUGAAGGAUAAAGGGACAGUUUUAUCUGAUUUUAGAGUUUUUCAUCUGCAGAAGGUUUCGUGACUGUAAGUGAACCUUAGUGGACUUGUCGUGGCUGAACUCCAGAGUUAGACAGAGCCUUUACAACACUUUUCUUCAGGAUGGCUAAAGCUGAGAGGAGACGGAAAAUGAGCCGUUAUCCGUUUUUUAAAAUUUUUCGUUUUAGAGACGAAUAUUUAGAAAAUAAUUUGUUUUCUCGUUUUUUAUCUUUAGUUUUAUUUUGAAAAUCGAAUAAACAAAAGUUCCACGGAUUAUUCGGCUCCUGUUGUUUCCUCUUUGACAUUUGAAACCUACUUGAAGCUCAAACCUGCUUCUUUUUGUGGGACAUGUUUAAAUGACGUGUUUUAAUCUGCCUGCUGUGAACGAAAACUGAUCACAGUAUUGAUCAGGAUCAGGAUUUCUCAGAAUACUUCAUUUCUGUGCGUCCUUCACUCAGAGGCCGGUGUGUGGAUUUAGUUCGUACCUAAGAACAGGUUCGAACCACUCAAGUCUCGAUGAGUUCAUGUGAAGCUCGGGGUUUUCACCACGCCUCUCAGCCGUCGUCCUGUUCUUUUCUUUUUGGCGUUCUUUGACGGUUUGAACCCUGUGGGCGGUCCCAUUUUCAGGCCUUUGUUUUGUGAUAUUUCAUGAACGUGGUCAGAGGUUCGACGCCCUGAUGCUGACGAGUGUCCCUGUUUUUUUUGUGGUUGCAGCAGCAGCAGCAGCAGCAGCAGCAGCAGAUGUACAUCGCUCAGGUGCUGCAGGACCCAAACUCAGACGAGCCGGGCGGGGGGAGCGGCGAGGAGGACCGGGGCUCGUCCCAGGACGAGGAGAUGCUGAACGGAGGGAACAGCAUCAACGAGGCGGAUUUUCAGUCAGGGGAGGACAGUCUGAUAGCCAACGAGGUCCACCAGUAGCAGGGGGUGGAGCUAGAGGGAGAGGGAGGAGCUUGAGGGUCGUCGCUCACGCGACAGUGAAAAAAAAGCUGACUGGAGAAUCACUUCACAUACAAACACACAUAGAGCUAGUAUGACACAGUUAGCUCCUCCCCCUCCCUGCUCGAAGACUUGACCCUGACCUCCGACGCCGGCGCUGGGUCGCCAUCAUCCUGUCCCUGCACACCUGUGGAGACUUGAUAGACACCGGACUGAGUCCACAGGAAAUCACUGUACAUAACCACAAAGCCAAAAGUUCUCUUUCGUUUUUCUCGGGGUGGGGGUGGGGGGGCGGGGUUUAAAUUCGUGCCUGGGCUGGAUUUUGUCGGUACGCACUCGUGUCUUGACUCCUGACAGGUUGCAGGAACUCGACCCGUCCAGGGGUCAACACUGACACAUGUUCCCUUUUGGCGUGAUGUCCGACAUCGCCGCUAUCCUCCGACAUCAGAGUGCUGAGUAUCUCGUUAACCGCCAGCUCUUGUAGUGGUAGAAGCCUCGCUUACGCAGACGUGCCGCAGACGCCCUUCUUCCUGUUUGCCGGUUUCAUUUUUUCUUUCAUGGAUGUUCUCGUUUCUCCAACACGCCGCCCUCAAAGGUUCGGGUUUCUUUGACCUGCUGAGCUUCUGCUGCAUGUCGUUCAAAGUUCUGCCUGGACCAGCGGCGUCGCCGUCGUCGUCGUCGUCCUUUCGGAUGACGUCAUGACGACAGGGCUUCUGUGGCCAAUGAGAACAGAUUCCCAGUCUGAACACAGCAGCUCAUCCUCUGACCUUCUGAUGUUCUCAGCUACGCUCGGGGCUUCAGCCGGACCGCCCCUCAACACCAUUCUCUCUCUCUCUCUCUCUCUCUCUCUCUCUCUCUCUCCCUCUCUCUCUCUCUCUCUCUCUCUCUCUCUCUCUCUCUCUCUCUCUCUCUCGCUCUCUCGUUUUGAUUUCACCCGAACGACCUUAAAUCAUCUGAAGUCAUGACAAAGGGAACGGGGACGUUUGUGUCUGUGUAGGUUUAAAGAUCUGAACUCUUUGUGGUUCCUGGACUGAGACCUUUGUGAAGACACUCCCACACUUCCAGCAGCGGCGGCGGCGGCGUGGUUUGAGCCCGGGUAGACGCAGAAGAAGAAGAGCAGCGCUUUUCGUUUGGACGGUCUACCCUCACCGCCUGAAGCUGUCAGGAUACUCAAGGGAAAUGUUUUCUGUGUGUGUGUGUGUGUGUGUGUGUGUGUGUGUGUGUGUGUGUGUGUGUGCGUGUGUGUGUGUGUGUGUCCAGUAGCUUAUUGUGUUCUAACCUGCAUCAUGAAGGUGCAGCAGCAUCACCUGGUGACCCGGAACGCCCCAAAAAAGCGGCAGGAUGACACGAUCCGGCGCUUCUUAACCCGUUUGUCCACGACACGAUAUUUGACCUUUACUUUGAAGGCGAGUCACGUUCGACUUCCUGCCCCCCACGAACAUCCACAGAGUGUGUGUUCACCGCGUCACUGCUGCAGGUCGGGCUGGGCGGGAUCGGAAAACGUCGAUGUCGACUCUGAUCGAGUCUCGUCUUUGCCGACACGUCGACUGCUGCUCUGAUGCAGAAUACUCACGACGCGCUGUGGUCUUUUUCCCAUGAUCCUUUUGGUGUUUGACGAUGCGUGUGAGCUGGGGCCUGCCUCCUCUGAUUGGACGGUUUUGGAAAGAAGACCUGUACAUGAACUGGGCUGGUUUGGUUCUGGAGUUUGUCUCCGCUGAACUCUGACUCGCCGUUCAAUCGGAGCGAUAUCCUUCCAUGCCUAAUUAGCUCCGCCCACUUUCCAAAACUUCACCUUUUGUUCGGUUCUGAUCCAGCACACGGACGGAGAUCGAGAGAUUAAAUGAGUUCUGAGAUGUUAUAGAAAGGAAGUGACCCCUUCAAAAUAAAGUGUCAGUUAACGCUUAAGCGAGCUGAUGAGGUCGGCCUCGGGCAUUUGGCUGUGAUCUGCCCCCUUGUGGACAAACAUUAUGAAGUGCACCAAACUGACGCAGUAUGAUUGGUUGCCAUGGUGACAGUCAGAGGAGGCGGGCCCUGAUUUGCAGCAUCAGGCGAGUGAAACAGAUAAAACAACCUCCAGGUGAAAUCCUGUUUACAUCAGCUUUUGUUGCUCCUGAUCAUGUCUGUGUGUGUGUGUGUGUGUGUGUGUGUGUGUGUGUGUGUGUGUGUGUGUGUGUGUGUGUGUGUGUGUGUGUGUGUGUGGACACAGAGCUAGACUAUGAAAGCUGUAGCCAGCAGGACGUGUCGCGGCGGCUACACGCCGGAGAACUGUAGCGUUUGUGUCCUCGUGGUUUUAUUUUUCUGACUUUAGUUCGUCGUCACCUCCAGCAGGCGUCUGCUGGUCUGAUUGUAUGCACAUGAACCUGAACCUGAACCUGAACCUGAAGGAUCUGGAUCUGAGGUCUGAUCUAUGACCAGAGGUUCGGCUCAGCAGCUCUCAACCCUCAGAGAACAAAUUCAGAGAUCAGAGAGGAAGGAUGAAGUCAGGGUGUGUUUCUGACCGCCUCCCUGAGCAGCGUUUGAUGAAAUCUACGAGGAGCUGAACGGAGACAGAAGGUCUUUUUUUAAAGUCACGACUGAUGCGACACAUUUCACGAUUCAUAACCAGCUUCGAUCCUGGAGAGAGGGAGGAAAAAGCAGCUUGUUGUAAAAUUAAAUCUUUGUUAUCGUAAGAUGGAAAAAUCAAAGUCAUAUUAGUGGACUGUGUGUACAGAUGUGGAACUCAUCCAGAGGAGGAGGAGGAGGAGGAGGAGGAGGAGGUGCUGUCUGACCUUCACCGUAACCACAGGUGUUUAAAAACAAAAGUCACUUGAACUCUUCGACCGUGUUCGGCUCUUAGUACCAGUGCAGCAGGAGUUUUUUGCAGUGCAGCUCAUUUAUAUAGAAAGAAGUAUAUUUUUCCAAAUGACUGAUUAUGGAUCAUUUAUAUACAUGCAAACAACACUGGUGCAGAUUUGCUUGGCAGUGAAGUUUGUGGCGUAUUUAACCUGCGGCGUGUUUUUAGUGAAUCCGACCCUCACUUCCUGCUAAACUGUGAACGGUUCGCAAUAAAAGCCUACCUCCAAUAUAAGCCUGCUCUCCAACACGGAUCAGGACGGUCCAGACGAAAAGCAGAUAAAGGAUUCGGCCCAGAUAAGAGGAGUUCAUUUAAAUGAAUAAAACCAGGACACCUUUUGCCCACAGGGGGCGCCAAAAUCAGCUUUAAAAAGAUUCAGACGAACUGAGGAGUUUUUGUUCCUUUGACCGGUGAACGGACCCUGAGGAAGUCUGCAGAUACAAUAAAACUCAGAUAUUCGUUUUCAGCUCAUUAACCCAGAAAAAAAAACGACGUUUUUUCAGGAUCGUCUGAUAAUAAAUAUCUUUAACUGUGAAACGGCGACAGCACAGCUCUUAGAAAACCGUGAAAAGCUCCGUUCAUCCUUUCAUUUCUCAAACCUGCGGGUCUGCUUCAUCCUCAUUGGUCACGUUCGACCACCUGAGCGCUCAUGUCUGCAGAGGUCAAAGGUCAUGUGAGGGACAGAUCUGAGAGCUGAGAGCUGCUGCGUUCACUGACCUCUGGGUGCAGUAAAACCUGAAGAUACCCAUAAUAACAAUAAUAAUAAUAAUAAUAACGAAGAGUCUGUGUGAUAUUUUUGUAACCUGCUGACUGAAGUAUUUGAUACUGACGUGUUAAACACAAACGUUGAAGACGGCGUGACGAUGCUGAUGUAAAAUGUAACUGAAGUUUUGAAUAAUCAGACGCUGCUUUUUGCUUUUCUUAGUUUUCUAAAUCGUUUCUGAAGGUGUAAAAAAAAACAAAAAAAGAUGAAUGUGAAGUGAAGAGAGGAACCAGAGGCCGGACACUGGAGAAGAGAGACUGUGUAAAAUAUAACCUGUGUAAAUAAACAUGAACUGCACUGUCGUCAUGGAGACGAGCUAACGCUGGGUUGCUCCUCUCAUGUUUUAAUUUAUUGCUGUGACUAUUUAUUUUUACUUCAGGUCAUCUGUACAGUGGAACAUUUGUCCUAUUUAUGUUACUGAUCAAUAAAAUGGCUUCAUCUGUAAAAA